CUGUCACACUUCACUAAAAAAAAAUUAAAAACAAAAAUAAAAGGAGAGAAGCGGAGAAUUGGAACCCCACCAUUAUUAUAGCCAAUCCAAUUAGCGACCCAAAAACAAUAAUACAGACAAAACCUUACGUUUCUCCACUCAAAAACCCUUCCUCACUCCUCACUCACCACCACCACCUCAACCACCGCCACCACCGCCAUUAUUUCCGACACAAGGUUCUUUUUAUUUCUUUAUUUGUUAAAUAAAAGUUAGAAGAAGAAGAAAUAGAAAGAAAGGAACACUUCGAAAUCUGUAUAAUUCUAAAUAUUAUAUAUAUAUUUGUUAAUCUUAGCUUUACUUUCAGCGAAUAUCUGACUCUGCCAAUUUUGAGAUGGUUUGAGAUAGUAGUGCCUCGUUUACAGUGCCCCUUUCAUAAAUCGAUUCCGGUGGAGUGUGUCAAUCAAUCAACGGUCCUGAUUAUACAAGUUGCCUAAACAAAAGACCGUUCCACCUCUUGUGAUCUGUUCUCUCUCUCUCUCUCUCUCUCUCUCUCUGUUCUUGUUCCAACGCAGCAGAAGCGGGUUUGAGAAGAACGAAAAUGUUGACAUGCAUAGCUCGUCCGAAGAAACUCGGAGAUGAAUCGCUGAGUCAACCUGAGGAAACCGAUUCCACUAACAUCCCCAACAAUAAACAGCAAGCCGCGAUCAAAUCAAUCACAUCUCAGCUCAAGGAUAUGGCGUUGAAGGCUUCGGGAGCUUACAGGCACUGCAAUCCGUGUACUGGACCGGCGACAGUCCAAGGCCGAGUUAGAAACAACGUGGAAUCGGAUGCCGACUCGGACCGGUUCCGAUGGUCAUACCGGCGGACGGGGAGUUCGAGCUCGACGACGCCCAAGACUUGGGGGAAGGAAAUGGAGUUGAGGCUUAAAGGGAUCUCAAGUUCGAGUGGCGAAGGGACGCCGAAUUCGGCCAGUGGACGGAGAGUGGAGCCGCCGAUCGUGUUCGUCGAGGAGAGCGAGCCCAAGGAAUGGGUAGCCCAGGUGGAGCCUGGUGUUCUCAUCACCUUUGUUUCUCUUCCGCGUGGCGGGAACGAUCUGAAGCGAAUACGGUUCAGUCGAGAGAUGUUUAACAAAUGGCAAGCUCAAAGAUGGUGGGCAGAGAACUAUGACAAGGUUAUGGAACUUUACAAUGUUCAAAGGUUUAAUCGUAAUGCAUUCCCUCUUCCAACUCCACCUAGAUCUGAAGAUGAGAGCUCAAAAAUGGAAUCUGCAGAGGCUAGUCCUGUAACACCACCACUAUCCAAAGAGCGGUUACCUCGUAACUUAUACCGUCCAACAGGGAUGGCUAUGGGCUACUCAUCUUCAGAUUCAUUUGAACAACACUCAAUGCAGUCCCGUCAUUUCAAUGAUUCCGUUGGUGUUAAUUCCACACCGAAACUCUCAAGCAUCAGUGGGGCUAAGACGGAGACAUCGUCCAUGGAUGCUUCAAUGAGAAGUAGUUCAUCGAGAGAUGCAGAUCGUUCAGGCGAGCUAUCCAUUAGCAAUGCUAGUGAUCUAGAGGCUGAAUGGGUUGAGCAGGAUGAGCCAGGGGUUUACAUUACAAUUAGAGCAUUGCCAGGUGGAAAGCGAGAGCUUAGACGAGUCAGAUUCAGUCGAGAAAAAUUCGGAGAGAUGCAUGCAAGAUUAUGGUGGGAAGAGAAUCGAGCAAGGAUACAUGAACAAUACUUGUGAUCAAUUGAAGGUGGGAAUGGGGGGUCAGCUGCUGGUGCUAUAUCAUCAUCCAGAGUCUGAAGGUGUUGGUUUAUUUAAAUUUUGUUUAUCUUAUUUGUUUCGACAUACUACUAAAAAGCCUUGUCUAUAGAAUCAAAAUGGUGCUGCUGGCGCCUCUGGAUGUUCAAAGUGUUGCUGGGCAACAUAUCAUACUCCACUACAAAAAAAAAUAAAAAAGAAAGAAAAGAAGAAAAAGAACCAAGUUGCAAGGUGGCUGUAUGUUGUUGAUCCAGAUCUUCUUUCUCAUAGGAUAUGGGGGUAAUGGUAAUAGACUUUUCAUUUCCUCAAUUUUCUUUUUUCUUCUUUUUAUUCUUAUUAUUAAGCUAUUGGUGGGUGAAGAGCAUCUUUGUAUUUGAAUUUCAAAGUCGAUAUGUCAAUACCAGUGAAAAAAUAUUCUCUUUC